UUUCAUAAGUUGUGGCGAACCUGAUGAGUUGACUAACCUGAUUCAUGGGCCAGGAUCUCAACCUAGUUUCACACUCGCACCUGGUGGCAUGUCCAUAAGUUGAUUUACAUACAGUUGUUAAGCUUGGGGAAGGUGGUAUUCGAUAAUGAAUGAGGUCUGGCAUUCUAGCUUUGGUUACCAAGAAAAGAUAUCAUACAAUGAGCUUGAGAUCUUCUAUUCUGGCUAACCUAACGAAAAAAGGGUAUAAUACAAUGAUAGGACGGUCAGCAAAUGCGGCCAAUGAAGUAGUUACCUUGUUUUGACUGUCUGCAUAGAAUCAGUAAAACUGCAACUGGGAUUGGCCAUUUCAAUGAUGAUGUAGAGGCAAGACUGGUUUGUCUCAAGUUGGCCUCUACAAAUAGAGAGACAUGCAACAUGAACUCAAGAGAAAGAAGGCUUUUAUCUGAAUUUCUUUCCUGUGAGGGAAAAGAGUGAGGAAAGAUGGCCAUUGCUGAAUCUGUUGUCGAGCUCCUUCUCCAAAAACUUGUUGACCAGCUCAUUCAAGAAGCCAUUUUCUUACGUGGGGUUCGUGAUCAAGUCGAAUGGCUCGAGGCAGAAUUUAGGUGGAUGCAAUGCUUCUUGAAAGAUGCGGAUUCCAACAAAGAGGGAGAUGGAAGAGUGAAGAACUGGGUGCAGGAUGUGAAAGAUGUUGCGUAUGAUGCUGAGGACCUCAUCGACACCUUUGUCUUCAAGAUAGCAAACUUGAAACGAAGAGGAUUUGUGGGCCGCAUUAGAAGGUAUGCUUUCAUCUUCAAUGAGUUGAUAACUCUCCAUAAGGUGGGCUCGGAGAUCGAGCGGAUAAAGAACAAAAUCCGUACGAUCUCCGAAAGUAGGUCAACUUAUGGAAUUGAAAAUAUAAGCCAGGGAGUAGGAUCUAGCUCCCAAGACUGGAGGCUCACAUCUCCUCUUGCUCAAGAACCAGAUUUUGUUGGCUUUGAGAAAGAUUUGGAGACAUUGGUGGCCCGAUUGAUGGAAGGCAAGCCGCGCCGUUGUGUUGUUUCUGUAGUCGGAAUGGGUGGUCUCGGUAAGACCACUCUUACCAAGAAAAUUUAUAACAACACCCGUGUUGAGAAACAUUUUCACUCUAGCGCGUGGAUUUCCAUAUCGCAAGAGUAUGCUGUGAGAGAUCUUCUGCAAAACAUCAUAAAUUGCUAUAUGGUGCUCUCAGAAGAAGAGCUGAAAAAGAUGAACAUUUUUCAGCUGAGGCAUAAAAUUUCCCAGUAUUUGCAAGAUAAAAGAUACUUGAUUGUAUUAGAUGAUAUAUGGACAAACGAAGCUUGGGAUGAUCUCAAGGAUGCUUUCCCAGAUAUGAAUAAUGGAAGUAGGGUCAUGUUCACCACGCGCUACGAAGAUGUAGCUUUAAAUGCAGAUGCACAAAGCCCACCAUAUGAAUUACGAUUUUUAGAAACAGAUGAGAGCUGGGAACUCUUUUGUAAGAAAACAUUCCCUGGACAAGGUAUCGGUUGCCCUCAGGAUUUGGAGAAGUCGGGAAGAGAGAUUGUGGAAAAAUGCCAUGGUCUACCUCUUGCGAUUAUAGUCAUUGGAGGGCUCUUAUCAAGGAAAGAACCAAGGGAGUGGGAUAAUGUACGAAAGAGCAUUAGUUGGCAAUUUGUCGAAGGACAACCCCAAAUCUCUAGAAUAUUAUCUUUAAGUUACAGAGAUCUGCCCUAUCACUUGAAACCAUGUUUUCUCUACUUGGGGGUUUUUCCAGAAGACUAUAAGUUCCGUGCUAAGAAACUAAUUCAAUUGUGGGUCGCAGAAGGAUUACUGCAGAGAAGAGGGGAUGAAACACUAGAAGAAGUGGGUGAAGAUUGUCUGAAAGAGUUGAUUCAACGAAGUAUGAUUCAACUUGCUAAUAGAAGUUCAAGUGGGGGUAUUAAAAGUUGCCUUAUUCAUGAUCUUUUGCAGGAUCUUUCCAUAUCAGAAGCAAAGGAAGAAAAGUUUCUCCAAAUUCAGCAUGAGAAUGUGGAUGCUCUAUCGACAUCUAUGGCCCGUCGACUUGCAAUUCACCAUAAUGCUUUAAGUGAGUACACUUCCUUAAAAUCUUCCACUCCAUGCCUUCGAUCUGUGUUGAUCUACACCCAAGUUGUUGAUAGGCUCGAAAGGAAACAAGAGAUGUUUCUUUACAGAGGCUUUAAAUUGCUCAGGGUGUUAGAUUUAAAUAAGGUAGCAAUACAAAAGCUACCGAAUGAGAUAGGUGCACUGAUCCACUUGAGGUACCUUGGGUGUACCAGGAGUCGAUUAGAAAGGCUUCCAUCAUCUAUAGGAAAUCUUCAAAAUUUGCAAACACUAAUUGUAACAACUUAUAAUGGCAUUCUCAAGAUACCGAGCAAAAUGGAGAAGAUGCAACAGUUAAGACAUUUCCAACUGAAGAGCCCAUAUGAAGUGGGGGCUUACCAGGAAGUUACAGGUGUGAUAGAAGGGCAUCCACGACUGGACCGGAUUAGUAACCUCCAGACUCUAUCAUGUGUAAAGGCUGGUGAAUGGAUGCAUGGUUGCUUGGGAAAGCUCACCAAUCUUAGAAAACUAGGUAUAUGUUUAGAUAAUGAAGGAGCCUAUGCUGAGGUAUUUUAUGAAUUCAUUGUCAAGUUCGACUGCCUGCAGUCCUUGCGUGUGGAGGGAAAGAAAUUCCCAUUGAAUUUCCCUUUUCCACGUCUUCCCAUGUUAAGUAAGUUGCGUUUGAAAGGAAAGUUAGAGAAGCUACCUGAGUUUACUGAAUUCCCAAAAAACCUCACCAAGCUCACCUUGUUGUUCUCUGAAUUAAAGCAAGACCCACUGGCGACAUUGGAGACACUGAAAAACCUUCGCAUUCUCAAGCUACGUGACUCUUCAUUCCUUGGAGUGGAGAUGGCUUGUACUGCACAAGGGUUUCCUCGACUCGAAGCCUUACACUUUCGAGGGUUACAUGAAUUAGAGGAGUGGAGAGUGGAGGAAGGAGCUAUGCCAAGUCUUUUACAUUUACAUAUCAAUGGAUGCCUUAAUUUGGAGAAGCUUCCAGAAGGACUGCAACAUGUUACAACCCUCAAGAUAUUGGAGUUGUGGAACAUGCCCGAUGAAUUCAAAGAAAGGCUUCGAGAAGACGGGUGAGGAUUGGCAUAAGGUUCAGCACAUACCCUUCAUCAACAUAAGAGGUACAGAGAGAACAUUCAAAGCACUUGCACCUCCUCUCCUUGCGAGAGGUACAUUGGACAUUGAUCGACAGAAAAGGAGCUUCAAUUUGUAAGAUUUUUGGAGCAUCUUCCAUCUAUGACAGAGCCUAUCAAAUCAAAGCUUGGAUCUCAUAACUAAUAGCCCCACCUGUAAUGCUCGUCAAGAUGCUUUGACCGAAGGCACUAGGAACUUAUGCUUCCUGUUUUAUCCAUGAUUAGUUUUUAAAGUUAGGUAUAUGCUUCGACUUUUUUUAUAUGUAUAGAUUUAAGCAACCAAAUUCUAGUAUAUAACUUUUUAGUUUUAAUCACAGAUUUGAUUUCGAGAUAUAUUUCUCGCAGCAGAGAUUGUGAUGACCUACACGUGCAAAGUGACUAGACAUGAAGAAUGGUGGAAUGGUGACUGGAUGGUGACAAGAUGUUUUGAUGAUAUUUUUUAAUUGUAACUUGAGGAUUUAUGUAUUCUUUGUUAUAGAUCUUUCAAAAGGUACCAAGUGCUAAUAUUCAUUAUAUGUUUUGUACUUCAAUUCGCACAAACACUUCAUUUAACAUUCGAUUUAUUUCAUUGUAUGCAUUUUCUGCUUGUAAUAUGUUAGUUGCAAAUUGAAAUAGGAAGCAAUUUCUUUA